GCUGCUGCACAGAGGGUGAGAGUCAGAACCAAAUCCAGUUCUGUAUCCCCUUCUCCAUCCAUGGAGCAGGCAGAUUCAGAUGCUCUGGACAUCAGCACCUAAGUGCAACUGUAUGGUGUGCUCUGGAAGAGACCCUUUGGGAGGCAGUCAGCCAAAUGGUCUAGGAGGUUCUUCAUCAUUAAGGAAAUCUUCCUGCUCUACUAUGCUAAGAGCGAGAAGAAGAGCUUUGAAAGCAAUAAAUACUUCAACAUCCACCCCAAGGGUGUCAUACCCCUGGGAGGUUGCAUUGUGGAGCCCAAAGAAGAGCUCAAUAUGCCUUAUGCCAUAAAGAUCUCUCAUGAAGACUUCCAUGUAAGUAGACUUCUAGCAGCUGAAUCAGAGUUUGAGCAGGCUCAGUGGCUGGAGAUGCUACAUGAGUCUGGAAGAGUGACCUGGAAGAAUGCCCAGCUGGGAGAAGCCAUGACUGAGAGACUGGAAGCCUAAGGACUGCAGCUGGCCAGGGAGAAACAGGAGUAUUUAGGUAAACUUAUGGAAGAAACAGAAGAGCUGUGUCUGCAGAGGGAGCAAAAAGAAGAACUCGAGUGUCUGAACCAGGUCCUGGAAGCAGAGAAGCACCAGUUUAAAGAGGUGGUAUGGGACCUGCGGCUGGAGCAGGAACAGAUCAGACGAUACUGCCAAACAUAAAGCCUCCUGAUUCUCCUCUGGGUCAUCUGGCCUGCUUUUCACAGUGUAAAUGGUUGCUCCCACUAAGGUCAGUUUAAGGGUUAAUUUCAUCCUCUACAUAUGAUGCAUGAAGCCUCCAGGCUGGUUUAUGCCCUGGUAUGAAAGAGUGGUUCCUGCUGAAGGACCAGGCUUUGGUGGAUCCCUUGGUUCUUGCUGCCCCAAGCCUUUGCUCUUGCACAGAAGUAAAUGGCAGAGAGAGGAAGGGAGCGCCAGCCCCACUGCCUCCAAUAUGUGCUGCUUCUAAAGCAAGGAAAGGGGGCAAGAAAUGGAAACUUCCCUUGAGGUCAGAAGUCAGUAAUGAAGGAUAAAUGGUUGCUGGUGUGUGUUAUGCAUUACUGUGCACAGCAUGUGAGUGACACAGGCUGGUACCCAUUUUCAGCUACAGAGUAUGACUUUUUUUUCCUCUCCCCCCAAGAGGGUAGGCAGGCUUUCCAUUUAGGACAUUGGUACAGAUCUUUGGAGACAAGAUGAUAGUUUCCCACAGAACUAGUCUGUUUUGAAUGCUUUUCAUGCAGUCAUUUUCUGUGGUUAGUGGAAUGACAGAGAAUGGCUCAUGUUGUACACAGCCACCUCUGGAGAUCAUCUUGUCCAACCCCUCUGCUUGAGCAGGGACACUUAGGGAAGGGGGUACAGGAACACAUCCAGACAGGUUUUAAAGGUCUUCAGGGAAGGAGACUCCACAACCUCCCUGGGCAGCCUGUUCCACUGCUCUGUCACCCUCACAGGAAAGAUGUUUUUUCUCAUAUUGAAAAGCUAGUGCCGGUACUUACUAGGAAAUUGGCAGCCCUUUCACAGACACAGCAACACUGGGGCUCUACACCUGCCUAGCCUCCGAUAAAUCCAAAUAUUCUUUCACUCUCUACCUCUCCUUUUCAACGUAGACAGGCUCCAAAACUCGGAAUGUUCAAGUACUGCUCCCACACCAAAGGUGCCAAAACUGAAAGAUAUUGCUGUCCUCGCAAGACUUUAGCAGGCCUUUCACAGACACACCCACACUGGGGCUCUGCGCCUGCCUAGACUCUGAUAAACCCAAACAUUCACUCCCUCUUUGCAUCUCAUAUUUGUCUCAGAAAGCCAAUAUUCAGAAUGUUUGAGUAUUUUUCCCACACCAAAAGGUGCCAUAACUGAAAGAUAUUGCUGGUCCUCACCAGUCAUUGGCUGCUCUUGCAGACACACCAACACUGGGGCUCUGCACCUGCCUAGCCUCCCAAAAAUCCAAAUGUUCUCUGCCUCUCUGACUGUCCUUGUCACCGCAGAUGGGCUAGACAGUUCAACAUGUCCAAAGAUUGCUCCCACACCAAAGGUGCCACCACUAAAAGCUAUUGCUGGUCUUCAGCAGCCCUUGGCAGCCCUUUCACAGACCCACCAAUGAUGAGGUGCUUUUGCCUUGCCUGCUUUCACUUGGCCUUGAUCCUACCUGUUGCCUGCCUUUGCCCUGCCUUGACUUUGCUCUCUGUUGUGGUUUAGCCCCUGUCAGCAACCAGUUACCACACAGCUGCUCUCAAUCCCCCCACCCCUGUCCAAUGGAGGAGGCAAUCAGAUGGGCAAAAUUAAGAAAACAGAGGUUGAGGUAAGAACAGUUCAUAAUUAAAAUAUAACAGUAAUAACACUAUUAAUAACACAAUAAAAAAGAUAAUGAGAGAAAGAAAGAGAUGAACCCUCAGGAGGAGAAAAAACAAGAAUCCAGACAAACGAUGCAGCCACUCACUGCCCAUCAACUGAACUGUGUGUUUAAGGGACUAGAAACUUGUCUCAACAUUGUCAACAGAAUGGCUUGACUACCAAGGCUUCACCACGACAGCAACUGAGGAAGUUCUACAUAUCUUGUU